AUGGCGUUCAUGUCCCGGUUCUCCCGGUCCCGGAGCAGCUCCAGAUCUCCCAACAGGAAAGAUUCGGGGCGCGGGUCCCCUGUACUAACAGUGUCUGAGCUGGAACGGCUCCUCUACACUGGGAAAACAGCGUGUAACCAUGCCGACGAGGUCUGGCCCAGGCUCUACAUUGGAGACCAAGACAUUGCAUCAGACCGGCGUGAGCUGGCACGGCUUGGCAUCACCCACAUCCUGAACUGUGCCCAGAGUAAGUGGCGCGGCGGGGCGGAGUACUACGCUGGCAUGGACAUCACCUACCAGGGCAUCGAGGCCCACGACACGCCCUCCUUCGACAUGAGUGUCAACUUCUACCCCGCUGCAGAGUUCAUACACAGAGCCCUCAGCAGCAGUGGUAAGGUGCUGGUGCACUGUGCGGUGGGUGUGAGUCGUUCGGCCACGCUGGUUCUGGCCUACCUGAUGAUCCGUCAGAACCUGACCCUGGUGGAGGCCAUCAAGGCAGUGAAGGACCACCGUGGCGUAAUCCCCAACCGGGGCUUCCUACGCCAGCUCAACGGCCUGGACAGCAUCCUCCGGGACAACCGCAAGGCUCUACACUCCCCAACCUCCCCGACCUCUCCAACCUCUCUUUAGAGCUAACAGGCUAACACAGCUAAAUACACUACUUUAGAGUUGUAACAAUGCUAACCCAUCUACAAAACCUGGGUAAACCAUUUUUUCAACCAGAAAAAUACAUCAGCAACGGGUGUGUCAUUGUCUUUCCCAUGUCUUGAUCUCGUCAUGAAAAAGGCGUCUUUACCUGGUUGAAACAGAGACCAAUUGGUCGGAAUCUGGUUUUAUGACAUCUUCAAAACCAGAAAAACAGUUUACAACCAGAAAUGGAUAUAAUUCAAAUGUCAGGCAGAAUUUCUUUCAUGCUGUGUGGUCGUAUGACAAUAGUUGUCUGUUUCCCUUUUUAUCUUUGGAUAAAAGCACCUGGGUCUUGACUAACAGUCCCAGGUAUUGUGGUCAGUUAUACAGUACUAACUAUAUGGUAGAAUUGCGUAUCAAUGGGAUAUAAAUCAUGCCUUAUAUAGAAGUAACUUCAACCUAUACAGUGCAGUAGAGACAUGGAGACAUUUUGAUGACAUGUACAAUCAUAUCAUUCCCAAAUGGCCAUUCCAAGACAUUUAAAUGUUUCCCCUUAAACCACUCGAGUGUUGCUUUAGCAGUAUGUUUAGGGUCCUUGUUCUGCUGGAAGGUGAACCUCCGUCCCAGUCUCAAAUCUCUGGAAGACUGAAACAGGUUUCCCUCAAGAAUUUCCCUGUUUUUAGCACCAUCCAUCAUUCCUUCAAUUCUGACCAGUUUCCCAGUCCCUGACGAUAAAAAACUUCCCCACAGCAUGAUGCUGCCACCACCAUGGCAGCAUCAUGCUGGGGAUGGUGUUCUCGGUGAGUGCAUUACGCACUCAAGCCACAAUCACUACGCACACCUGCCUUCCCCCCGUAACAGGCAUCAGCGAUCAUUGGACUCACUGGACUCAAUUACUUGUGUCAUUACCUUCCCUAUAUCUGUCUGUUCCCAAGUUCUGUUCCCUGCUCUGGGAUUAAUUGUCUCAUGUCCGUUUUACCCGUGUUCUGAUGCUGUUCCUGUCUUGUUUCCUUGUCUGAUCCCGAAUACAUUUCUGACUCCUCACUCCUGCUUCUCCUGUCUGGCGUCGGUCUUUAUAGACAUUGCGUUUUCCUUGAUGGACAAAAAGCUCAAUUUUAGUCUCAUCUGACCAGAGUACCUUCUUCCAUAUUUUUGGGGAGUCUCCCACAUGCCUUAUGGCGAACACGAGACGUGUUUGUUUAUUUUUUUCUUUAAGCAAUGGCUUUUUUCUGGCCACUCUUUUGUAAAGCUCUGUUGAGUGUACAGCUUAAUGUGGUCCUGUGGACAGAUAAUCAGAGAUAAAACAAAGAGACCAAAGAUAACCCAGAAGGAGCUGCAAAGCUCCACAGCGGAGAUUGAAUUAAUGCCCUCCUUGCUUUGUCCGUGAGUUUUGGUGGGCGGCCCUCUCUUGGCAGGUUUGUUGUGGUGCCAUAUUCAUUCCAUUUUUUAGUAAUGGAUAAUGAUGCUCCAUGGGAUGUUCAAAUUUUCUGAUAUUUGUUUAUAACCCAACCCUGAUCUGUACUUCUCCACAACUGACCUGUUUGGAGAGCUCCUUGGUCUUCAUGGUGCCCCUUGCUUAGUGGUGUUGCAGACUCUGGGUCCUUUCAGAACAGGUGUAUACUGAGAUCAUGUGACAGAUCAUGUGACACUUAGAUUGCACACCGGUGGACUUUAUUUAACUAAUUAUGUGACUUAUGAAGGUAAUUGGUUGCACAAUCUUAUUUUGGGGCGUCAUAGCAAAGGGGGUGAAUACAUAGGCACGCACAGAUUAUUUUGCUGUGACAAUACAAGUCAAAUUAAAAUACUACAUCUGUA